UUUCCGUGGUCAUUACUUUUAUUCAUAGGAGCUCAUAUGUGAGAUCUCUGACGAGCCAGUUUUCCUUCUCUGUCCUGGACUGACUGUAUGUGUUUCCACAUCAGUGGCAGGCCAGAAGCGAAAUUUGGAUGAACUGAACUAACUAAGUCGCCGUCAUGAGUAGGAGCAAGCGUGACAACAAUUUCUACAGCGUUGAAAUUGGAGACUCUACUUUCACUGUAUUGAAACGAUAUCAGAAUUUGAAACCAAUAGGAUCAGGAGCACAAGGGAUAGUAUGUGCAGCUUAUGAUGCCAUCCUUGAAAGGAAUGUUGCAAUCAAGAAGUUAAGCCGACCGUUUCAGAACCAAACCCAUGCUAAGAGAGCCUACAGAGAGCUUGUUCUUAUGAAGUGCGUUAAUCACAAAAACAUAAUCGGCCUACUGAAUGUGUUCACACCACAAAAAUCCCUGGAAGAAUUUCAAGAUGUCUACAUUGUGAUGGAGCUCAUGGAUGCAAAUCUCUGCCAAGUGAUUCAGAUGGAGCUAGACCAUGAACGAAUGUCCUAUCUUCUUUAUCAAAUGCUGUGUGGUAUCAAACAUCUUCAUUCAGCUGGAAUUAUUCAUAGGGAUUUAAAGCCCAGUAAUAUAGUAGUAAAGUCAGACUGCACUUUGAAGAUUCUUGACUUUGGACUGGCCAGAACUGCAGGAACUAGUUUUAUGAUGACGCCUUAUGUAGUGACUCGUUACUACAGAGCACCAGAGGUCAUCCUAGGGAUGGGAUACAAAGAAAACGUGGAUUUAUGGUCUGUGGGGUGCAUUAUGGGCGAAAUGGUUUGCCACAAAAUCCUCUUUCCAGGAAGGGACUAUAUUGAUCAAUGGAAUAAAGUUAUAGAGCAGCUAGGAACACCAUGCCCCGAAUUUAUGAAGAAAUUGCAGCCUACAGUCCGAACUUAUGUGGAGAACAGACCUAAAUAUGCUGGAUAUAGUUUUGAAAAACUCUUUCCAGAUGUCCUUUUUCCUGCUGACUCUGAACACAAUAAACUUAAAGCAAGUCAAGCAAGGGAUUUGUUAUCAAAAAUGCUGGUUAUAGAUGCCUCUAAAAGAAUCUCUGUGGAUGAAGCCCUGCAGCACCCAUACAUCAAUGUUUGGUAUGAUCCAUCAGAAGCAGAAGCUCCUCCACCAAAGAUACCAGAUAAGCAGUUAGAUGAGAGGGAGCACACGAUAGAAGAAUGGAAAGAGUUGAUAUACAAGGAAGUCAUGGACCUGGAGGAGAGAACCAAGAAUGGGGUUAUACGCGGCCAACCAGCCCCUUUAGGUGCAGCAAUGAUCAAUGGCUCUCAACAUCCAUCUUCAUCAUCAUCUGUCAACGAUGUGUCUUCAAUGUCAACAGAUCCAACAUUGGCCUCUGAUACAGACAGCAGUCUAGAAACCUCAGCUGGACCUCUGGGUUGCUGUAGAUGACUACUUGGUCUUUUGGGGGGUGGGAGGGGGGUCCUUUUAGUCAUUAAUAGGGCACUUUUAAAAUUUGGUGGUAUUUUUGAGUGUUUUUUCAAAAAUAAUCAUGAAAUUCAUCAUAAAGUGCUGUAAUUUCAAACUGUAAGUUGUGUUAAAAGCAGCCACUUUUUUGCUGUAAUUAACUGUAAAAUAUUAAACCUGAUAAUUUUUAUUGUGGUUUUAAAAUCUGCAUAUUUGCUUUACUAUUAUGCUGCUGAUCUUUUUUUACUGAAUUUGUAAGAUUUGUUUUAUCAAAGCACAUAUUAAUGUUGUGGUCAUUACCAUAUAAUGAAUUAUUUAAGAUUUUAUAGGUUUUCAAUUUUUUAAUUAGAAUUUAUUCCAGAUGUUUUGUUCAUGAUAUCCUUCAGAGUUUUAUGCUUGGUCAUACAUCUGUGGUCUAGGUGAAGGGGGAGAGAAUUCAGUGCAGCCAGCUGUAGUUUUGGGCAUACUACUGUGGUGCUGGCAGUGAAAAAAAUCCUCUUUUAUUUUGGCCACUUGCCUAUAAUACUUCAGCAAAAGCAACAAUUAGUAAGUUUUUUUAGAGAAAAAAAAUCCUUUGCAAAAUAACAUUGUGUGAAUGGGUUUAUGAACAUAAGAAAGCAAAGCAUAUCUUCAAAGCUGCAGAAAUACCCAGCCUAGCAAAGUAAUGUGAUGUUUUCUGCAGAGUUGUGGCAUGCCAAAUCUUGUGAUCACCAUAAAACCCAAGGAUACUUCAUGAAUAAUGCAUUGCAAUGCCAAUAAACUGUUUACUU